CACUUUUUUUAGAAAUAAUGUCUGCUAUCAAGGAUUUGUUGCGAGGACGGAAAGAUCAAACUUUUAGACCAAAAAAGAAAUUUGAAGAUGGAUCAGGUCAUUCAAGUUUGCAUAAAUAUGCCAAAGCGUCUUUGAAGGCUGGAUUAGACUUUUCUGAAUUAGUUAAGCUUCCACCAGGAGAAGAUAAGAAUGAUUGGAUGGCAGUUCACGUGGUAGACUUCUUCAAUCGAGUGAACCUCAUUUACGGAGUCAUCAGCGAAUAUUGCACAGUGACAAGUUGUCCAAAGAUGAGUGGUGGAGCGAAGUUUGAAUACUUUUGGGCCGAUGAGACAAAUAAGAAGCCAGUGGCCCUGCCAGCUCCUGAAUAUAUGAAUAACCUCAUGGACUGGAUCGAAUCGAAAAUCAACAAUGUGAAGGAAUUCCCGACAACAACGAAUGUGCCAUUUCCAAAGCAUUUUCCCGCGUUGUGCAAAAAAAUUCUGACGAGGUUGAAUAGGGUAUUUAUACAUGUAUAUAUUCAUCAUUUCGAACCCAUCGUGUCUCUAGGAUCUGAAGCACAUGUCAAUCAAUGCUACAAACAUUUUGUUUACUUUGUAACAGAGUUUCAGCUGGUAGAUUACAAAGAGUUUGAGCCUCUUGCAAAAGUCACCGAUCAACUUUGUCCAAGGAGAAUUGCGAUGUUGAAAGAUAAUAAAUAAAGUCAAAAGAUUAUUGCAUCUAUCUCGAAUAGUUUCUUUAAAAAAUAUUUCAAUUAAAUAGUUUAGAUUUUCUAUUCAAUUUUAUAUCUAAUCUAACGAGUAUCAGGCUGCUUAAUUUUUUCAUAUCAGUAAUCUGCCUUUUUGGUUUAGUUUGAUUAAUUAACUCUUCAUUGACA